AUGUUCAAGCAGCGCCAGACGAGCGCGGCGAGGUUGGCGGAGGCAAAGAUGCUCGCCGAGGAUGAGGGCGUCCCUUUGACCCGCUCACACCAGCUCAACACCGCUUGCAGAGCGACUCACAAGCUAGACUGCACCGCAAACAUGCUCACGCCCGACGACGACCCACUCCGCUCCGCCUCCGCCUCCCCCGAGCACUCUCACCCUCGCAUUCCCCACUCGUCCCGUUCUCCCCUCUCCUCGCGCGGCCCAUCGCUCGACCUGGCCGGCUCGUCCAUCCGAAGCAGUUCUCUCGACUCACGGAACGACCCCUACCGCGGCCGGAGCUCGUUCGAGUCGAAUCCGUUCCGCGACCCUUCGCUCGACUGGGUCUCGCCUCCUUCGUCGUCUAUCCAGCAUCCCCGCUCUCGAGAAGCUUCGGUCGACAGUGGCGCACGGUCGAUGAGCCCGUCGGUGGCGAGCUCUAUCCAUUCGGCGGAGGAACUGGAGCGCGAGUUGGCGGAUGCGGUCAGCCUCGAGUUGCCACGGGUAUCGGAGGAAUCGACGCGGGACGAGUUCGACGACCGGAGACGAGACCGCAGUGGGACGGUGACGGCUUCGACGUCGUCGACAGACGUGCGAAGAGCGAGUGAAGGGGGAGGAGGCAGAGGAGGAGGGUCUGCGAAACCAGGCAGUCUGCUGUACCAGUUCCGAACAGGAAGCGGCUGGUUUGCGCCCCUCGCUCCUCCAACUCCACCACUAUCUCGCGAAGCCCGCCAACAAGCCGAGAAGGAACGGAUCGAGAAACUCAAGGAGGGCAAGUCUGCGUCUCGGCGGCCCGGCUUGAUGAAACGGAUGUCCUCCGGCGUCGAGAUGACAUUUGGCUCGUCUACUUCUCGCGCGCGGUCUGGCAGCGGUGUCAGUCUGAGCGGGUUCGGCGGAGGUGGAGGAGGAUCAGGUAUCGCUGGGAGGGAGCGAAGCGGGAGUAGCGCGACGAUCGUGCCAAAGUGA